CCUGCGCCCGGGGGCCGCCUCUUCCUCCUCCUCUCAGCUGCCAGUCUUAGUGCCAUCUCCGCGGUGUCCGCCUGCAGCGCUUCCUGUUCCCGGGUCCCCUCGGCUUCUCCUCCUCUCCCCGUGUACUGGAUGGACCUGGCUCCCGACACAGUGACGUCACCAUUCAGCGUGUGACUUAUUUUGGAGAGUGACGUAAACAUUCGGGAGACCGUGUCUGGGUUAUGACGUGUGGUGAGCGGCUUGAGAAUCGGUAACGUUAUUGGCUGCGUGGAGUGACGUCACGUUGGUCCCACCCUCACACAGGCUCACAGCUCCCCCUCCCCGCAUCUCAGCUGCUGCAGUGAGCGGUGUGCGCGGUGCAGACCUAAAAAUGAAUAAUCUUUCAUUCAGUGAAUUAUGCUGUCUUUUCUGUUGCCCCCCUUGUCCUGGGAAGAUUGCCUCAAAGCUUGCCUUUUUGCCUCCCGAUCCAACUUACACCCUUAUGUGUGAUGAGAGUGGGAGCCGCUGGACACUUCACCUCUCAGAAAGAGCGGACUGGCAAUACUCUUCUCGGGAAAAAGAUGCCAUUGAGUGUUUCAUGACUAGAACAAGCAGAGGAAAUCGCAUUGCCUGCAUGUUUGUGCGCUGUUCCCCAAAUGCCAAGUAUACACUGCUGUUUUCUCAUGGCAAUGCUGUUGACCUGGGUCAGAUGAGCAGCUUUUACAUUGGUCUGGGCUCUCGGAUUAACUGCAACAUAUUCUCUUAUGACUACUCUGGGUACGGAUCAAGUUCUGGAAAGCCAACAGAGAAGAAUUUAUAUGCUGACAUUGAUGCUGCCUGGAUUGCUCUUAGAACAAGGUAUGGAGUACGUCCUGAGCAUGUUAUCAUAUAUGGGCAGAGUAUAGGUACCGUCCCAUCUGUUGAUCUUGCUGCUCGAUAUGAAAGUGCUGCUGUUAUUCUUCACUCUCCUCUAACCUCAGGAAUGAGAGUGGCUUUCCCUGACACCAAAAAAACCUACUGUUUUGAUGCAUUUCCCAACAUUGACAAAAUCUCCAAGAUUACAUCCCCAGUCUUGAUUAUCCAUGGCACAGAAGAUGAGGUGAUUGACUUUUCACAUGGCCUGGCGCUGUUUGAACGCUGCCAGAGGCCGGUGGAGCCACUAUGGGUUGAAGGAGCCGGUCACAAUGAUGUGGAACUCUAUGGACAGUACCUUGAGCGGUUAAAACAAUUUGUGACGCAAGAGCUUGUAAAUUUGUAACUACAUUUUGUUACCAAAAAAUGUUUUUCUUAUUUUUUUUUUCCCCCUUCAUAAAUGCCUCUAAGGGCAUUGAAGGUUUGCAGUAACUCUCUCUGGCCGCACAAAAGAAGUUAGCCGACCAUGUUUAAUUUUCUUCUUUUGCUGGACUGUGAGCCAUAGAAAUGUUCAUAAACCUGAAGGUCUGUUUGCAAAUCAUGUUGGUUGCCUUAACAGAUGUACAGGUAAUGAUUUGUUAACAUCAGUAAUGAAGGUUUUUUUGUUUAGUAUUUUGUUUUAAUACCAGUAUUGCUAUCUGGAAUUACACUAAGGUGCAGUCGGGCAUAUAUAUAUAGAUUACUUAAUCCGUGUGAAUUUAAAAAUGUUUCUUCUUCACUGUGUUUUGAAUGCAGCAGUUCAUUCUAUCAGCAUAACCGCAUAAAACUUUGAAAGGAAUUGGAAAUUAGAUUGUAUUGUUGAAGAUGAUUUGUUUACUUUACUUUUUUUUUUUUUUUUUUUUUUUUCUUGAGAGGGGGGUUAGCUUUUUUUUUCUCUUUUGUAAGGUUCACUUUUUAGAACUGAAAUGUAAACAGCACAAACUGUUGCUGAUUGCUAUGGAAGGAAAUAAGUACAAUUUUUUUUUUUUUCAAAGAUUAAUCGUGUAUUGCUGGCAUGUUCCCUAUUGAAAUUAAUGCUGCGAUUUUUUUUAUUUUUUUUUUCCUAUGAAUCAUGUACAAAUGUCUUAAUGGACUGUACUGGCUAAAGGUGCGCACAACCUUGCUUUUAAAUCACGCUACAAACACAAAGCCGGGUUGGCCAACAUGUAGUUAUGGCUGGCAAAGCAACAAGGGAGGAAUCUGUUCUCCAGCAGCAAGAGAGCCACCCCUUCUUUCAAGGCAUUCAUUAGACGUUGUACAUACCUGAGAUUUACUUGAGUAGACAAGAGGAUGCAUUUAGGACUGCACUUUUGACUCUUAUAUGAAAAUAUUUUGUUUCUGAAUUGAGACUUGACUUUUUUUUAUUUUUUUUUUAGUUUGUUCACCUACACAGCUUGCAAUCAUGUGGACCACUCCUGGUAGCUGUUAGCCUUGCUAGUUGCUAAACGUCUGGUUUACCCAUUUUUUUUUU